AUGAAGACACAUGAGAUCACGUAUUAUGUGCUGAGUGCCGCACCGGUGGACACAUCUGUAGCUUUGGUUAUAAAUGAUAACCCAAUAGACGGCACACACGAAGACAUCACUAAGAAGUGUAGUAAUGUUUUUCGUAUAACACGUGACAGCACUCCGUGUCUACCGACGACACAAACUCAGGACACGAGCGGACUGUAUCCCUGUUCACUGAAGCACUCAUGCAAUCAAUGGUUCAAAACACAGGAAGAAUAUAAAAAUCACUGCAUUGUUAGCCAUAAAAAUUACAUUAUUUCACAAAACCUAGUGUUGACCGCAAAUGGUUUGGUAUCUCACAAAACAGAUGGUAAUAACACGUCAAAUGAGGCCAAUGUUGCCUUUAGGAUGAGAUGUUUGACCGAAGAUUGUGAACAAGUGUUUACCGCAAAGACAGCGGUCAUUUACCACUUGAUUAACGAUCACUUAAAAACCACUAUAUUUGUGUGCGAAAUGUUUGGUUGCGAUGAGUUGUAUGUGACGUACGAAGAGUUUCUUGAACACAGACUUGAAGUGCACAACAUUAAGACACAAAUACGUUGCGGGAAUCGCGAGCAUUGGAUGAAAAAGACUAACCAAUUGGUCAAUCGGUAUAUCGACAAAGAACGGGGCGUUAAGCCAUACCUCUGCGCUCACGAGGGCUGUGGUAAACGGUUCGCGCGAAACGAUUCUCUUCGAAAUCACACCGAAUGUCACACAGUAGUUGACCGACGGUUCAAAUGCGACGUUUGCGGCAAAUUGUUUAAAAGGGCCGACACUUUAAACACACACGUAAUUCGCAUUCACGAAUAUAUCGGCCAACCGGCCACGUGUGCCGAACCGGGCUGUGGCCGCACAUUCAAAUCGAAUCUAUCACUUCGCGCACACAUCAAGCGUAUACACUCGGGUCGUGAAUACCGAUGCGAUUGGCCGGACUGUGGCUAUCGGGGCCGACACGAGCAGGCAUUCCGCGAUCACGUGCGCAGACAUACCAAUGACAAGCCAUUCGCGUGUCGGGCGCCGGGAUGUGAGUACAGGACUCACUCCAAGCCACUUCUAUGGUAUCAUAACCGCAGUAAACACACCACUGAUAAACCAUUUACUUGCGAUUGGCCCGCGUGUGAGUACAGGUGUAAGUAUAAGGUGUUACUCCGACAACACGUUCGCAUUCACACGCGCACGCACUCCAACGACAAACAGUAUGCGUGUGAUUGGCCCGCAUGUGACUACAAGUGCCGCUAUAAACCGAACUUAUAUCUUCAUCAAAAGUCUACUCACAUCUCCGAUAAGCUAUAUGAGUGCGAUUGGCCCGCGUGUAAGUACAACACGUACUUUAAGGCCAAUCUAUCGCAACAUCGAAGCACUCACAGCAACGAUAAGCCAGUGGUGUGUCAUUGGCCCGGAUGUGAGCAACGGUUUAAAAACAAUAUGUCUCUCAAUGGCCACAUGUAUGUCCACCGGGAGCCACACUUACGAAUGCACUGUCUGUGCGCUCACAUCUGGUGUACACACGGCUCCGGCCAUACCAUUAGGGUGACCAGACGUCCUCCGUUACGGAGGAUUGUCCUCCAAUCGACCCUUUUUGGCACCGUCCUCCGUCUACCUUACGGAGGACUAUACUUUGUCCUCCGUUACGGUUUUGGAGAUGAAAAUAUACUUUUUAUACAUAAUAUGUUUUAG